AAACAAACCCCCUCGCCGAGCGCAACCAGCUGCAGCCCAGCCGCAAGCGCCAGCUAAUGAGGGGGCGGAGCCUCCCGCCCGCUCACCUGGCCGCCUCCGGCCACCCAGAGGCUCGCCGUGCUCUUGAACUUUGCUUGAUACUUUCCUUACAAAGCUGCUGGGCUGCGUAGCAGGAACGUGCUUGUCCCGCCCUCGCUGCUAGCUGCUGAAGGGUGGUGUAUCGCCCAGCGUAAGUGCCUUUGUGGUUCCUUCUGUCAGCGCUGGUAGGAAACCCACUCCCUUUUGGGGUCUUUCCUUACGUGGUGGCCUUUGCUUUCUCUCUUGCUGUCAGAAGUGUUUGCUGUUUGUGUGUUGCACUGGGAUCUCGGGUAGGAUAAGCCUCUAUAGUAACUCCCGUUUAUUGCAUUGUUAUCACAUUUCUCACUCUGGGAUUUAUUUGAUUUUUGUUAAGUGGCUCAUGCAUUUGUAGCUAUGGACGAGGCAAUUUUUAAGUAUUUUUGUGUUAACCUGUUUGUUCUGUAGCAACCAUAGGUAUGUUGAUCUUGCGUUUCCAGCAUCUGUGUGCUAGUUAUUCGUAAGUCAAUGGGGAAAUGAUGAAUGUGUAUAUUGUUAUUUUAAAUCAAGUGCAGAGGGAAGUGGAUAGUGCCUUGGGAGCAUCCAAUCCGAUCUUUCAACUGAUCAGAUACUACAUUUGAGGGUUUGAUUUUUUCCACAUAUAUGGAGAAAGUUACCAAAAGAGAGGGCACAAUAAAAUCACCAAAAUCAGAAACACCAAAGACCUGAUCCUGCAUCAGUGGAGAUUUCCCUCUCACUUUAAUGGGAGCAGGAUUGAGCCUCAAGUGAUUAGAAUAUACUAAAAUGUAUUAAUUUUAUAUGGAUUUUUACAAUAUUAGUUUAACAUUUCAACCCUGCUGAGAUUAAUAAACACAAUCUUGGAUUCAAGAUGUGUGGAACGCUGCUAGGUCACUGUGGUACAUAAAGUGGUGUAACUGUUGGAGAGCCCAGCACAAGGACUUGAAAUUUAUGAGUGGGAGGAAGAGGUUGAAGUGCUCAGUCAUCCAAAAUGUGUAAUAAUGAACCAGUAAAACACAUCUCUCUUACCUUAGUACAGUAUUGAUUUGUGUUGGCAUAUGAGCUGAAAAUAAAAACUCCGAAGAAGACAUAAAAAUAUCUCCAAAGUAGUUAAUAAUUGGUAAGAAAGAUGUUGGCCACAGCUGUCGGGAGUCAUGGAUUAUAUGUUUCAUACAUAUUUUAAACUAAUGACUAAUGUCUUUUUUUUAAAUACUGGUGAGCAUUGAGAAAUUAGAUGGGUAACUGGGUAAGUGGAUGGAUGGGUAGGUAGAGAAUUGUACAGGUUUUACUGAGAGCUAAGAGAAUAUAGUAUAAUACUGCACAUGUGACAAUUAGAGGAUCACAAAUGAAUAAAGAACUAUUUAAAUUAGUGCCUUAAGUGGAUUUACAUUAAGCUUUGAUGGUAUUAGACCAUGAGGUCAAGCAGUUAAAGGGAACUGAUAUAUCAUGAGAAAAAGACAAAGAAUAGCUCAGUCUUUUAUUGUUUUGUCAUGACAAACAACUCGGCCAAGGUGGGAGAAAUUCCAUAAAUAAAAUGUAAUAUUUUAUUAGCCUCACUUGGCCUAUAGCAAGUACAGUGUAAAGGGCAAAAGGGGAAUAAUUAAAUUCAUAGUUUGCCCUGAAACUCAAAGAACAAUUGAGGCCUAAAAUAGUUGAAUCACUACAGAUUAUAACAGUAACUAGUCACAGUUUGACUUAGCGUUGUUGCCUUGGCUGUUUCCCAAAAUCUACCAUGUUCUAAUUAAUGACUAGACAUUCCAGUAUACUCUUGUUUAAAUAAUUAAUAUGCAAACUGAGCUGUUUAGUCUUGGAUGCCAAUAAGAAUUGUCAGAACAAACUUGUUCUCUCUUGGGACUUUCAUUCCUAAAUGGUGACUCCUAAACCCAGCUCCAUGUGCCUAUUGAAUGAGAUGCAAUGCUUUGGUUCACAGUCAUCUAAUCUCUUAUAUCCUCUUCCAAAAAUACAGGUACGGUAAUUACAAUAAGUACCUGUCACCACUCCCUCCGUACUGAAUUUAUAUAAUAUUUUUUAUCCAGAGGUUUUUAAAGUGCUUUACAAACGUGGACAAGUAUAAUUUCUGUUUUCACUGAUGGGGUAACAGAUCUUAAAUGAUUUGUCCAAGGUUCCACAGUUACUCAGUGGCAGAGUCAGGACUAAAUUUCAGAUCUCCUGACUCAUAACUCUAUGAUCAGUGCAGUAGGCCGCAACUAUAGCUGUCACCAAAAUAUAGAUAUGAGUAAACUACAAAUGCAGACAAUCACAGUGUUGCAUAUAUUAAAAUCUUUGCCAAAUAUUUUAGACUUGCAAACUUAGUGGCACUGGUACUGAUCAGAUUAAAUUAAAAAAAAUUAUCUGAGUGAGAGAGAGAAGAGAGAGAUUAGUGUUAUUUUAGGAUAGGGUUGUCUGAGAUCACUGUAGAUUAGAUCCACACUGUGACCUGGCUGACUUUUCAGUUACAGCUUACUGGUUGUUUUUCUUAAUACUAUCGUGUGUUGUCACUUGUGGAAAGAUUGACUGAUGUUGUGAUUUUAUUUCUUUUGCUAGUUAUGAAUGUGGUUGAGUAACUUUUUAAGUUUCAUGUCUAGUUCAGUGAGUUCAUGUAAUGGCUUUUAUUUAGAGAUGGGAUAGAUAUACUAUUCUUACUCACUUUGUACACAAAUUCCAAGUGAAUCCUAAAACUAGUGAAUAAUGUCAGGCUAAAUGAUUACACUAAGAUCUACAUGCAGCGGGGGCCAUUGGCAUGCUGCGUUGCCGCUUCUUGUAUGUGGGAACGAGAAAUCUGUAUAUCCUCUUCCCAUGAGCUAAAAGAGAGUGUAUAUGCCAGGGAAGAGCAGACAAGCUGGGGGUAGGGCUAGGUAAAUGAGCCCUAUCUACCCACUGUCUCAGCAGAGAUUUUCCUAGAAGGCUAUUAUAACUCUAAUUGAAUUCCCUAGAGAAAUCCCAAAUCUUCUGUGUCGUGUCUCCUGUUCUACAAGGGAGGUAGAAGAGAAAUUGUGAUAACAUCAGCAAAUGAGCAACUGGACCUCACAGCUCCUCCCUUGUGCCAUGCCAGAUUCCUCUGUGCUAAUUCUCAUGAGUUCUGCACACUGGAGGACAUCAAUACUGCUGAGGACCUAGAAUAUACUAGAAGUUUCUGAAGAGCUGAGUCGCUUGCCAUGGGGAACCAUGUAGGAAAACGAGAUCAGAGCGCUGAGAAGCCUAUUAAGGAGACAAAAGUGGAGGAAGUGGAGGAAACUGAAAAUAAAGGAAGCCUCGAAGCAGCCAGACUACCCAAACAAUCCUCAGAAGAUAAUGAAGUGUUUGGAGAGGCAGAUGUGAACCAGAACAAUGGGACCUCCACUAAGAGCACAGCGGUGACAGACUCCAAGGGCACAGCAGACUCAAAGAAUGCCUGGAAGGAGGCCAACCCAGCUGACACAGUUGGUCGCCCCCACUUGAUCCGCCUCUUUUCCCGAGAUGCCCCAGGAAGGGAGGACAACACCUUCAAAGAUCGGCCCUCAGAGUCAGACGAGCUACAGACCAUUCAAGAGGACAGUGCUGCAACUUCAGAGAACUCGGAUUUGAUGGCUUCACAGAAACGCUCCUCUUUCCGGCACGGAUCAAAAAUGGCAACUGCAAGCACCAUAGACCAUGCUAGACAUGGAUCUCCAAGGCACAGAGACUCGGGUCUACUUGACUCGCUGGGCAGAUUCUUUGGAGGUGAAAAACAAGUUCCCAGGAGGGGCUCGGGCAAGGACAUACAUGCAGCCAGAGCUAGCCAUGUAGGUUCCAUGCCCCAGAGGUCUCAGCACGGGCGGCCUGGUGAUGACAACCCAGUAGUCCAUUUCUUCAAGAACAUCGUGUCACCUAGGACACCACCCCCAAUGCAGGCAAAGGGGAGAGGAUUAUCCCUCGCCAGAUUUAGCUGGGGAGGUGAAGGACACAAGCCAGGGUAUGGAGGAAGUGGCAAAUUCUCCGAGCAUAAAUCUGCUUAUAAGGGACAUAAAGGAUCAUACCAUGAUGGCCAGGGCACUCUUUCCAAAAUCUUUAAACUGGGAGGAUCUGGUUCUCGACCUGGAUCACGGUCUGGUUCUCCAGUUGCUAGACGCUGAAGUUCUAAGAUGCCAUUCAAGGAUCACAUACUCUGCUUCAUAAGAUAACUGCCUAAAAUUUUAAUAAUAAUUGCAAGUAGUACAUAGAUAGAAACAAUCUGUUACUUAAUGUCAUUUGAGUUGUGCGUGCAGUAGGAUUAUAUAAACUUCUAUUGGCAAUCCCUGACCAACAGCUGAAUGAAUGAAACACACAAAGUAGCUUUAUUUGCUAUCUUCAUUAUUUUAAGUAAAAUAACAAGAUCCCUCACUUUAUUCAUUCUUCUUCAGGAUGCCCCAACUGCAUGUUAGUUUUUAUUUAUUUUUUCUCCAAGCCCCACAAGUCUUCUGAUUUUUUUUUUCAUUGAACACCACAAUUGGAAAUGCAGAGCAACUGUCUUGGUUUUUCAGCACUGCCAUUAAAGGAUUUCUUAAACACUGCUGUAAAAAACAUGUGCAGAAGUUGUAAGGACUGUUUAUCCGAACACUUUUUUGUUUGGGUUUAUUUUUGUUUAAUGUCACUUCUCUCAGAAUAUUUUACUUUUCAUAACAGGAUUAGGCAGUCAUGGAAAGGUUUAAUAAACUUCGGGAGUUCAAGGUAUGUGAAAUGUGGAAGAGGGCAGCUGUUACAGUAUCAAUGAGACGCAAAGCAAUAGUAAUAAGGAAAUUCCUUAUUUCUACAAAUUGCUCAUCACACCCAAGCCAUUAGAAUUAAGUGUGGCCGAGAGAGAAAGAAAGAGGAUUUCAAACUUGGGUUAGACUAAUGUCUUACAACAAAAAACAAGGAAUAUUCCCAAAGAAGAAACAUCUAAGAUUGCACGUGACCACUGCAUGUCACUGUUGCUCCAUGCAGACACUGCUACAACAGCAUUCCUUUAGCAGUUAAAGAAUAAAACAAAAAUAGUCUAAUUUGUGAAAGAAAUAAAGCCCUUCAGCAUUGAGAUUUCAGAUAGUCCUGCACAUCUCAAGUUAGAAUUACUAAUAGUUUUCUUGUUACUGCAGGAGUGUUAAACUUGGAAAGCUUGUCUUCUGACUAAAAAGAUGCCUUUAAUGGCAGUGCACCAAAGCAAACUAGUAGUAAACUGUAAACUACUGUGAACAUUUAACUGUUGCAUUAUAGUUGCCUUAUAGAAAUUAAAUCUAAUUCAUUAGUUAGCAUUUAACAUUAAUUGUUUACAAAUCUACUAAAAUGUACACAUGUGGCAAUGGCAUUUCCAACCAUAUGUAGGAAAAAAGCUCUUCUUAAUUGCACUAUUUUAUAACAAAUUUUAAUAUUUUUUUGAGAUUCCCCUCCUUUACUGAUUCAGUGUUUUUUAUUUUAGUGUAUACCUUGUAGACUAUAUUUAAUGCUAAGUUGGCACUCAGUUUCAGAUACACUACGGACUGUCAGGAGUAGCCAAUGUUAAUGUCAACUGACAUAUACUGUGUGUUAAUUCUGUUUUGUCUCUAAAUCUACUAUAGAUUUAAAGCACUGUCCAUUAAUAUGCAGCAAUGAAAGAUGAGAGGGAAGGAAAACAUAGAAACGAAAGACAACGGAAAAACAGCAUAAUUGUUAAACACACACCUAUUACAUCUUCCUUAUGCUAUAUUGUUGUCUGGCUAUACUGGAAGGACAGGAGACAGUGAAUAUGGUUUAACCAGGCUGCAAUUUUGUUAUUAGGUGUCUGGGACUACCUGUCAGAUAAAAGUGUACAGUGCAGAUAACACCAUGAUCAUUUCAACAUUUUCCUGCGGACUUCUGCCAGCCCCCCACCCCUUUUUUUCCAUCCUGGUCCCCAGCCAGUCCAUUGUUGGGACCUUACCAUCAUCCCACUCUCAAAUAAUGAGGGUUAAGGUGGGGUAUAAAGAAAGGAGGGGUGGCUCCCUGGUCCCAGUCAUAGGCACUCCAACCCCACCCCACUCCCCAGCCCAUUCCAUUCCUUUAACAAACA